AUGGAAAACCUCACCAAGAAUAACCUGACUAUGGAGAAUGGCACGUCGGUGCACCACAACCAAACCCUGGGUGUUUGGACCGACUACACGUUCGAAUACAAAGUGAUCAGCGUGUUUCUGGUGUCCCUCAUCUGCGGGGUGGGGAUCGUGGGGAACAUGAUGGUCAUCCUGGUGGUCCUGACCGCAAAGCACAUGCGGACUCCCACUAACUGCUACCUGGUGAGUCUGGCGGCCGCUGACCUGAUGGUGCUAACGGCCGCCGGGCUGCCCAACAUCACGGACGCCCUGCACGGUCAGUGGGUGUACGGCUACGCGGGCUGCCUGGGAAUCACCUACUUCCAGUACCUCGGGAUCAACGCGUCCUCCUGCUCCAUCACCGCCUUCACCGUGGAGCGCUACAUCGCCAUCUGCCAUCCAAUCAAAGCGCAAUUCUUGUGCACUCGAUCCAGGGCGAAGAAGAUCAUCAUGCUGGUGUGGGCGCUCACGUCUGUCUACUGCGUCAUGUGGCUCUUUCUAUCAGACACUAAAAAGUUGGUGUACGACAACGUAGUGCUGCUCAACUGCGCCUACAAAGUGUCCCGGAGCCACUACCUGCCCAUCUACUUCACGGAUUUCACGGUGUUCUACGUGCUGCCCCUGAUGCUGGCCACGGUGCUGUACGGACUCAUCGCCAGGAUACUUUUCCUGAACCCGCUGCCUUCCGAUCCAAAGGAAAGCUCCGAGAAGUGGAAGAAGGAGACGAGCCAGGGCGGCAGAAUGAUCAGCAGCAGCUCGUCCAGCAGCACCACGGCCGCCUCUCGCAGGCAGGUGACAAAGAUGCUAGCUGUGGUGGUGAUCCUCUUUGCCUUACUGUGGAUGCCCUACCGGACAUUGGUGGUGGUCAACUCCUUCCUGGAUCGGGCCUACCUGGACACCUGGUUCCUGCUCUUCUGCCGUCUGUGCAUCUACCUGAACAGCGCCAUCAACCCGGUCAUCUACAACGCCAUGUCCCAGAAGUUCCGUGCCGCUUUCAAGAAGCUGUGUCACUGUGGCCCUAAGCGUAUGGAGAAACCUGCCUCCUACAGCAUGGCACUCACCUACAGUGUUAUCAAAGAGACGUCCAAUGGGGAAAGUCACGACCACUUCACCACAGAAAUGGAUAAGCUGCACACGCCAUCGGAUCGGUACCUUCCUGCCAGCAUCCUGCCAAGUGCCAAGAAGAUGCCUUAUGGGGAGCAUUCGCUGUCAGGCAGAGAUGUCAAUGCCUGACUAGAAACCAACUUUCCAUCUAAUGAGAAUAUCACAGAGAUUGACAGCUCCAGUAUGGAUUCAGUUUUAAUUAAAAGAAACCACUCACUUCCAGUUUAAUUUCCCCAAGGUGUUUCCUCUUGCAAAUAUUUCUUUUAUUUGACAAGGUCAAUUGCCAGAUGCUAAAUUGGAUGUAAUGAGUUGAGUUGGAUAUACUUAAAGCUUAUUAGCCUUUUGUACAAAACUAGUGAAUAGACUAUGAAUUAUCACAAUUUACUGAUAGAUCCGUACAACGAUGAUUCUCAACUCUGAAAAGAAAAUCUCUGUUUCUGUUUAUUGACCGAAAAACAGGAAACUUUAAUUAUUAAUGUCACGCACACAUCUUUUAUGAUUUGAUAGAGACACCUUUUGUAUAAACCUUACCCAGACAUUAAAGGAUAAACUUUCAUGAGAGCAGUUUGUCAAACAGUUGCACAGUUGGUUUGGUUGCAGCAGACAGAAUCUUCAUCUACUCUUCCUGUCCACUCCUAACAGAACCACACUGUUAAAUCAGACACUACAUUAGCAGUCAGCCAACAGCAGGAAGUUUCAGCAGUGGAUGUCAUAUGUCUGGGUGAAAAUGCAAUUGAUAUUUUGAGAAAUAACAGCUAAAACCUCCCGACAUUACUGACCUUCAUAGCAAGUUUCAUUUCACUGUUUAGCCCACAGUUUAACUGUUUGUUCACUGUCAGUGUUCACAUAGCGACGCUUUCUGAUGCUGCCAGUGGCUGUUUAAAACGAAAGACUCUUAAACCCCAUUUCACGCCCCUCACUCCACACCAAACAGCAGAGAGACUAAAUUAGCGGCUGCUGUUGGGAAACACAGCUGAGCAUUUAGCAGGAACAGGGUCAGACAUUUGCUGGAGCAGGGACCUUUUGGUAGAAUUAAUAUUUGAUUUUCCAGGUGACCAGAAACACGUUUUCAUGGCCUCUGAAUGACCAAAAACAUUUUCUUGCAGGCUGUUUUUGAACCCACUCCCUUGUUCAUUCAUUCACUACUGACCCUCUCCACAUCAUCAGCCAAAAUGUUGUUUUCAUCUUAUUUACCCACUGCAGCUUCUAACUGCUUAGCUGUUGUUUUCUAUUCAGCUAACUUUUUCAAUUUAAUUAUUCUGGGAAGGGGGCUGUUUGUUUCUAUGACCAAUGCUGAAUUUUAUUGCAUUUUUUUUCACAGAAAAUUAGUGUAAGUGAUGACAGUUUGACAUUCAGGGAUUAUUCACUACUUCUAAGUACUGGUAAUUCAAUAUAGCUCUGUUACAUUGACAAUCUGGGGGGCAACUAUCAGUAGUUUGAUAAAGAGUUGAUAUCAGGUGUCUGUUAGCUUGGUGCAGGAGGUGGCGGUAUGGGAAGACCAGCAGCAAAAGAAAAGAAAAACAGUUUUUAAAUGAUCUUAUGUUGUAUCUUAUUAGCUGUCUCGGUAACGUUAAACAUUGGUAAGGACACAUUUUAGAAUGGGUUGUCAACUUGCUACUGUUGAUCAGUAAAUACUUCCAAAACUGCAUGUAGGCUGAAGGUAAACAACAUUGUUGUUUUUCUGUGUGUUGACAAUCUAAGAUGCAGCCUAUGUGUGGUGUAACAAAGUACUUCUUGUGUCUAGUAAAGUAAUUGAACUAAAUUACUUUUUAAAUGAGAAGUAUGUAUUGUGUUGAACAUUUUUUACCUGCCAAUAUGAUUGGUUUGGGACUGCUUUGCCUCUCUGUUGGGAUUGGGUGCUGUAGCGGCUGUCGCCACAGUGCAAACAGUGCAACUUCUCAAAUAUUUCAGAGUUUCUCCUUUCCUUAUCAAGGGGAUUUCCUUUUAUGUUUAAAACUAUUCUUUAUUUUGUCUUUAUCUCCCAACUCAAGGAUAACAUUUUACCCUCUGUAUUGUGCACAGAUGUUACAGAUGUAGCAAAAGUCCUCUUUUUGUGAAUCCCCACCAGACACCAUGCAAUUCAAAUUAAUCUAAAUGCACAAGUCCAUGACAUUUAAUCUAGCUACUAGAAAGAAAGCACAGAUAUAGAGUAACGUGACCUUUUAAAAAAGGCCCAACAAGAAAAAGGGACAGAUAUUACACUCAGUUAAACCUGCUGUAUCAGUUUAAAAUGAACUCUAAUUACUCCUGCAGGGAUGUCAGUAUUAAUAGUGACAGGCCCACCAAAGCCUUGUUUUGCUUUGGCCUCCGUUAAGACGACAUCUGUAGGUUCUCUGUAGUGAACUUGUGAAGGCCAGUGCAUCAUAAUGAGGGUGAAAUGUGUAGCUCUGAUGUGCCAAUAGAGAGAGUUUGUUAAAGGGUCAGAUAACUGGCGUCGCAGCAACUUACUGAUAUUGGCUCAGACUGCAGAGUGCAGCACUUUUCUGUGAUUUAUCUGCUCAGCAAAAUUUAAAAAAAACAACAACAAAAAAACACAGAGCAAUGAUUGAAUAUUUAACUAGAUUGCAAAGUGCAAGACAUCAGUUGGUGCAAUCCACAGCAUGUACAUAGCUCACCCUGCUAAUGGAUCACUUUCUGUUGUUUCUUGGAGCAUAUGUGUAAACUGAGCAGAGGGAAUGAACACUUAGUGAGCUCAGUGAAAGACACCUGUUUCUCUCUGAAAAGCAGCCUUUGUUGUCAAUAUCGUAAAGUUGCUUUAAAUUGAUUAUGCAGUGCAGUGUAAAAUUCAUUCAGUAUUGUGUUUUCAAAUGUGUGCCAGCAAAUGCAUUUGUCAAAUAAUAGCCCAUUUUCAUCUAUUGUUCCAUCAGCGUGUGUGCUGCCAUUCCAAACCAGUUGGUGGGAUGUAAUCUCCAAAGUGAAACAGGUGAGAAAACAUGAAAACAAAAAUAAUUCAAAGCCUGUAGUGUAAUGUGAUGCACCUCUAAUCUGUAUACUUAUUAAUCUAUCUAAUUAAUCUAUCUAUCACUUUGUUCUCAGCUGAAAUGUGUUUGAUUUUUGGACAAACUCCAUACAGUUGUGUUGGAAAUUUGUUGCAUUCUGCACGGUGCACAGCUGGGAGCAUGAACACAGGCUUUUGUGAUGUGGACACAAAACUUGAUACCUGAUGUAUUUCCAUCUGAAGCAACUGUUCGUGCACGUUACUGUCUCGAGGGAGCUUUUCUCUGCUCUUGCUGUUUGAUGGAUUGUUUUGUAUUUUGUAUUGUUCUUUGUCUACAAUAAAGACAGUAAUUACAGCGC